UGACACCUCUGAUCUCCUUUCCCACCACAACCUAGUACCAGAUCGAUAAACUAACCCAAGCUUCUUGUCGUCCCUCACAAACACUUUCUUGAUUUCACGUUUGCCCACGUUGUCAUCAAUGGCUGUUUCUGGGUUCGAAGGAUUCGAGAAGAGGCUGGAGCUUCACUUCUCCGGCGAUGAUCCGGUGACGGCAAUGGGCGGGCUCCGCCUGCUGGAUUUUGAGUCGUUGGAGGCGGUGUUGCACGCCGUGCAGUGCACGGUGGUCGCCGCCGUCGGCAACCGGUUUUUCGACUCCUACGUUCUGUCGGAGUCUAGCCUGUUCGUGUACCCCACCAAGAUCAUCAUCAAGACGUGUGGGACCACCCAGCUGCUGAAAUCCGUCCGUCCGAUGAUCCAUCUCGCCGGAAACAUCGGUCUGAGGUUGUCGGAGUGUAGAUAUACUCGCGGCAACUUUAUCUUCCCCAAAGCUCAGCCUUUUCCCCAUCAAAGCUUCCAAGAAGAAGUUAUUUACUUGGAGGAAGAAUUGCCCGGAAAUCUCUGUUACAGAAAAGCUUCGAUUAUGCCGUCGAAAAUGAGUUCUUAUUCAUGGCACGUGUUCUCCGCACGUGAUCACCGCCCGGAGAUCUUUAACGACGACGAUGAUGAUAGCAUCUACACCGUUGAAAUUUGCAUGACGGAGCUCGACCCGGUUUUGGCCCGGAAGUUUUUUGCCGAACCCGACACGCUGGGGAAAGACAUGACGGACGCCACCGGGAUUCGCCGCAUAAACCCUAACGCCGCCGUCUGCGACUUCGCAUUCCACCCCUGCGGCUACUCCAUGAACGGCGUCGACGGCGACCGUUACUCCACCAUCCACGUCACCCCCGAAGACGGCUUCAGCUACGCCAGCUACGAGUGCGUCGGCUCCGUCAACGCCGCCGCCGCCGACCUCAACCGGGUCCUGACCAAGGUGGUGCAAGUUUUCCGGCCGGGGAAGAUGUCGGUGGCGCUGACGUGCAACGGGAACAAUGCCGGCGCGUGGAAGAGGGUCGCCGCCAAAGCCGUCGAGGCGCUAGGGAUGAAAUGCCGCAGUUGCGCGGUGGAUGAGUUCCCGGCGACGUCCGGGACUGUCACGUUUCAAACUUUCACUCCUCGCCGGAAAUGAGCGGUCAUGGCCGACGGUGGCAAAUUAUACUAUGGAUCUUGUUCCACAUUACAAUCUGAAUUAUUGAU